AUGAGGAGCUGGAUCCCCAACAUCAUCAGGAAGAGAGUAUGCACCACAUUCGUAGAGGACUCUUUAAGCAAUGGGGCAUUGUGUCAGUGUGGGGGCAUGCGGGAGACUCACGGCUCCAACGCUACGGGAGACUAUUUCGGAGCCGCCAUCGUCAGCCAGUGGGACAGCUCCCAGCACUCUUCAGAGUACCCCACCGACGCCUUCGGAGAGCUGGAAUUCGCAGGGGCUGGCAGGAGACACAGCCAUUUCUUGCGUCUGUCAUGUGACACCCCACCUCAGAUCGUGUACAGUCUGAUGACGGCCCAUUGGGGGGUGCCCUCCCCCAACCUGGUGGUUUCUGUUGUGGGGGGUGGGGGGUGCGAGAAGGUCAAGACCUGGGUCAGGGAGGUGCUGAGACAGGGGCUGGUCAAGGCGGCACAGAGAACCGGGGCGUGGAUAGUGACGGGGGGGCUGAGGGAGGGGGUGGGUCGUUGUGUUGGGGAGGCAGUGCGAGAUCAUGCUGCUGCGGCUUCCUCCCUCUCCCAGAAGAAAGUCAUUGCUGUGGGCGUGGCUCCCUGGGGGCUGGUGCAUAACAGAGAGCAGCUAGUUAACACACAGGGUAGUUUCCCAGCGCGGUAUUAUGUCCAGAACGCAUCCCGUGACUCGUGCUGCCUGGAUAAUAACUACCAGGCCUUCCUGCUGGUGGAUGAUGGGAGUGUAGGCCGGCGGGGAGGGGAUACGGCCUUCAGGUCCAAGAUGGAAGACUACAUCUCACACCAGUGCACUGGCAUCUGGGGUAGUGGCAGUAUAGAGAUUCCUGUGCUGUGUAUGCUCAUCUCAGGGGAAGCUGCCAUGCUGAAGAGGGUGGAUCUCUCUCUGAGGAAGGCUACUCCCUGGCUGGUGUUGAAUGGUUCUGGUCCAGCGGCAGACCUUAUCUGUGAGCUGCUGGAUGCCUUGUCAGCUGUGCCCAUGAGCCGCACCUCUCCCCCGCCAGAGGUUGAGGGGAGCGAGAGCCCCAGCGCAGAGCUGCGCGAAUGGACCCGUGAGAGGGUCAAGAGGCACUUCCCUGCCGAGGCAGACCGGGAGAAGCUUGUGGACAGGGCUCUGAGUAUCUAUCAGAACAGAGAUCUGAUCACAGUGUUCCACGGGGAGCAGGACAGUCCUGAUGAUUUUGACACUGUGCUACUGAAGGCUCUGGUCAGAGCCAGUAAACGUGUGUCCAGCGCCGCCAGUGAGUACACAGAGGAGCUGAAGCUUGCAGUAGCCUGGAACAGGGUGGACAUCGCUAACAGUGAACUCUUCAACGGAGACAUCCAAUGGAGAUACGAGGACCUGGAGGACUCCAUGACGGACGCACUGAUCAACAACAAGCCCCAGUUUGUACGUCUCUUCACCGAGAAUGGUCUCAACAUCCUGGACUACCUGACCUACCAGCGUCUGGAGGGCCUGUACCGCUCGCUGUCCAACAGCUCUCUGGCCUACACGCUUCUCCAGCGACACCUCACAGAGAGGCAGAGCCUGGCCAGAUCCCUUCCCACUGUCCCCUGCUCUCUGGACGAGCCUAUACCCCUCAAGAGGCCCCAGAGCCAUAUGAGCCCCAUAUCAGGACCCUCCUCUGCCAAAGAGCUCAGCUUGUAUGAGGUGUCGCGGCUACUAUGGGACAUCCUGGGAGAUGUAUGUCAGCCCUUCUACUACAGUCCUCUGGGUUUGGACCAGAGCACCAGCACCUGGAGAACACUGAAGCAAGUGAAUAAGUUGUUACUGGGGGAUUGUCCGUAUAGGGAGCAGCACUGUGUCUAUCCCUGGGCCUCUCUGUUUAUCUGGGCUGUGCUGCAGAAUCGCAGCGAGAUGGCUGUCUACUUCUGGGAGAUGGCAGGGGAGUCUGUCCUCAGUGCUCUGGCAGGCUGUAAGAUUCUGAGGGAGCUGUCUAAGCUUGAGAGUGAGACGGCGGCCAAGCUCUCUAUGAAGGAGCUAGCACAGAAGUUUGAGAACUUGGCCAAUGAUAUGUUCAGUGAAUGCUAUCAGAGCAGUGAGAGUCGCUCUUUCAACCUCCUUAUAAGGCAGUCUCUGGUGUGGGGCGAAGCUACCUGUCUGGAGAUGGCCACCGCAGCCGAUGCCCGCCUCUUCUUCAGUCACGAUGGCUUGCAGUCUCUGCUGUCUCAGAUCUGGUGGGGAGACAUGGAGAGGAGCACGGAGGUCUGGAAACUGAUCCUCACCUUCUUCUUACCCCCCCUCAUCUACACCAACCUCAUCAGCUUCAGGGUCAAUCUGAAAGGUGCCCCCUCCAAUCCUAAGAGGUCCUUCAUACUGCUACGCUGGAGGGAGUUCUGGUUUGCGCCCGUCACGGCGUUUCUAGGCAACGUGCUGAUGUACUUCCUGUUCCUCAGCCUGUUUGCUUACGUCCUAUUGUUGGACUUCAAGCCCCCGCCCCCUCAUGGCCCGUCCACCUUAGAGUUUGUUCUCUACUUCUGGGUCUUCACCCUGGUCUGUGAGGAGUUUCGACAGACGUUCUUCAGGGGCAGCACUACUUUAUAUCAGAGGAUGAAGCUCUACAUCCAGGACAUGUGGAAUAAGUGUGACAUCACAGCCAUCUCACUCUUUGCACUGGGCAUGUGCUGCAGAAUGUUCCAAUGGUCCUAUGAGUUUGGCCGGGCUGUGAUGGCUGUGGACUACAUGGUGUUUACCCUCCGUCUCAUCCACAUAUUCGCCAUCCACAAACAGCUGGGACCCAAGAUCAUCAUCGUUGAAAAAAUGAUGAAGGACGUCUUCUUCUUCCUUUUCUUCCUGGCGGUGUGGCUCAUGGCCUACGGCGUAGCCAAUCAGGCGCUGCUCUACUCCUACGAUCCUCGUCCCGGUUGGAUCUUCCGCCGAGUGUUCUACAGGCCAUACCUGCAAAUAUUUGGACAUAUCCCCAUUCAUGAAAUGGAUGCUGAUAAACUGGAGGAGGGGAUAGAGUGCACCAAUAACGUCACCCUGAUCGAGGCAGGUGCAGAGCCCUGCACGAGUACCUAUGCUAACUGGCUGGUGGUCAUCUUAUUGGUCAUCUUCCUGCUGGUCACCAACAUCCUGCUGGUCAACUUGCUCAUUGCCAUGUUCAGUUACACAUUCUCCAAAGUGCAGGAGCACAGCGACACCCACUGGAAGUUCCAGCGCUACAACUUGAUCGCAGAGUACCACUCUAGACCCUGUCUGGCUCCACCCUUCAUCAUCCUCUCCCACCUCCACCUCUUCAUCAAGAGACACAUCCGCAGGAUCCCCUCUGUCAAGAUCAAACACUUUGUUCUGGAUAUCCGUGGCAGGCAGGCCAGUAGACUGAACACAUGGGAGGCCAUCCAGAAGGAGAACAUACUGUCUGCCCAGAACAAACGAGAGCGAGAGAAAGACUCUGAGAGACUCAAACGCACCUCUGUCAAGGUGGACAGUGUCCUAAAGCAGAUGGCAGAGAUCCGGGACCACGGCCGCAGGCUCAGAAUGCUGGAGACAGAGUUGGAGUACUGUUCUAGUUCCCUCUCCUGGAUGGUGCAAGCUUUCUCUCAGAGUAACUUGCUAAAGCCCACACGUCCUCCUCCCGCUCUCCGAGAUCUAACUCUCCAACUAGCUGACCCAAGUCUGAUGGAGAAUAAUGAAAUCUAG